AUGAACGAUGCGCUCGGUUCCGGCAAGGUCUCCGGCGUCCUGGACUCGUUCAUAAAUCCUGACGACUUGAAACAAAUCGAGGCUGCUUUCACGCUACACUUUCAGCUUGUUCGGUCGGCCUCUCCGCUCAACCAGUCAUCACCAAUUCCGGACUCCUAUGUAUUUCACGGAUGA